UGUUGUAGUCAAGUCCCCGUCGUGAGAGUAAGGCGUUACUAGAAGGUAAACCAGGGGGUUUUCAGAGCUGUAUAAUUCAGAUUUUCGGAGAUGUAACGACAUUUUUUCAGAGUUCAACAAUAACCUGUCGUUUGUAAUCCUUAAUUUUAAAACACGGAGAUGAAAUCGGAGACCUUAUUCAUUAUUUCCACGACGUUCAUUGCUCUACUUUGUGACGCAGCUGAAACCACGUGUAUCCCGUGUUACACGUGUUCCUCGGCAACACAUCCGGGCUGUGAGGACCCAUUCACCAUGGUGGACCCGACCUCCGUCGCCAAGUCCUGCUAUACUAAGAAAUGUUACAAGAACGUGGAGAAAUCAGGUGCCACGACUAUCGUCACCCGUGGAUGUGCCGCCUCCACCCAUCUCACGGGAUGCUCUUCCAACUCCCAAGGGACCACGUGCUUCUGCGAGAGCGACAACUGCAACGUGAGUGGGCGUGUCCUACCGAACUCACUUCUGGCAGUUACCAUGGGAACUGUGACGAUUCUUCUUCGACGGGCUAUUUCAAAUUAAAGUUUAC